CACAUCUGGGACAGCUCAUAGACGGCCAGCAGACACAUUCAGCACACACACACACACACACACACACAUUUACGAAACGCACAUCGCCAACUGGACAGCCGGCUCUUCAGCGUCUCUAUCAGGUUGCUGAACCUCUUCCCUCCACGCUGCGCAGCGGGAAUCUGAGUGUUUUAAAGAAACGCUGGGAACAUCAACAACAGCAGCAGCAGCAGCCAUCCGGCCAAAGAGCCCAACCUCGAGCCUGGAGCCCUGCCGCCUCUCACACCCACAUCAGUCACCCAGCAGGCCCCAAUCCUGCACCCACAUCACACAUCGAGAACCAGCCAAAAACCCCGAACACCACCACACAGAACCAGGACACCGAGCCGGAGACACAGCUUCACUGUGAGACGAGCUCCGACCAGCUGCAGACCGACCUGACCGACAUGGAGGAGAAGCCCAGCAGAGAGUCAGAGGGAGCGGAGGGAGCAGCAGCAGCUGAAGUACCGGACUGUGAGAAGCCCAGUGUCCCCCUUAACAGCCUCAAGAUGAUGUUUGAGAAGGGAGAGAACCUGACCGACAAGGUGUCCAGAGAGCAACAAGGGAGCAGCGGUAACACUGCCAACAUGGAGCAGCUACUAGGAGAUGGAAGUCUUGCAGAGUCGACUCCUCUCCGGGACCGGAUGGCCCUUUACCAAGCUGCAAUCUCCAAACAGGAAGUCACUCCCAUCUCGGUCAAUAGCGAUCAGAACGACAGUUUCUGUGGGAAGCAGAAGGAGAACGUUCCUCCGUGCUCUCUGGACCUGAGUCAGGAGUGUGAAGCGAACAGCAGGAAAGCUUUUACCUCGGAGAGCAACGGCUCCACUACUGGAACUCCUCCGCCGUCCAAUCAGAGAGACUCGUCUCAGGCCAAGACGCCCAAAGGCUUCCGCCUGCCUGCCAGGGAGACGUGUGUGUCGUGUCAGAAGACGGUGUAUCCUCUGGAGAGGCUGGUGGCCAAUCAGCACGUUUAUCACAGCUCCUGCUUCCGCUGCUCGCACUGCAACAGCAAACUCAGUUUGGUGAACUACGCCUCUCUGCACAACAACGUCUACUGCAAGCCGCACUUCUGCCAGCUCUUCAAGGCCAAAGGCAACUACGACGAGGGCUUCGGCCACCGGCCCCACAAAGAGCUUUGGGAGGGCAAAGGGGACAGUGGCGAGACGUCCCCGCAGUCCAACACCAAGCCAAAGACCCAGAGCCCGGCCCCGUCCCCAGCCCCGGCCCUGACCCCGGCCUCGGACCUGGACAGCCCCACGGUGGAGGACUCCCCUCUGGCUAAAGUCAACGUGCUGAUGGCCACCAUGGAGGCUCUGGGACAGGGAUCGGCAGAGAAGUCCGACAGACCCACGGAGACCCGCAGGCUGAAGAUCUCCUGGCCGCCACGGACGGAGGUGGAGGACACAGCCGCGGCGUCACCACCCUGUGGUGACGCCGCGGCUGUGGAGGAGGGGUCCGCCAGCAAGCCCAUCCGAGCCAAGUGGCCCCCGGAGGACGAGUCCCCCUCCUCGCCUUUGGAGCAGGCGAGAGAGACGCCCUGCCUGCGCCGCACCUCCUCCCUAAAGGAGCGCAGCAUGCCCUUCACGCUGGCCGAACAACCUCCUGCUGCCGAGCCCAGGAAACAGACUCCGCCUCCUCCAGCGCUCAGUCCUGAACCCUCCGGCAUGGAGCUGCAGCACGGAGGACAGUCCACCGACAGCCAGACGCCCACCGAGGACAGCUGUGUGGACGUCCACACCAGCUCCGGAGAGGAGGAGGAGGCUGAAAACAUGGCGGAGCAUCAUCUCAAGGAGGAGGACGCCGCCCCAGAACAACCUCAGGAGGAGGAAGAGGAGGAGGAGCUGAUGGAGGAGGACGGAGGCGUGCUGGAGGAGGAGAUGCCACCUCUGAAACAGGAGGAGACGCCGACGGAUAUCUCGUCUCCUGACGGCGAGGUGGAGGCCAGCCGGUCGUCUCAGGACGUGGGCUUCUGGGACAGCGAGGAGGUGGAUGAGAAGGAGGAGGAGCAGCAGCAGCAGCAGGGGGAGGGGGAAGAGGAGGAGCAGGAGGAGUCUCUGACGGUGGAGGAGAUGAUCAAACGGAACCGAUACUACGAGGACGAAGAGGAAGAAGAGGACGUCUGAUCGGACUUCUCUGCCAUUCCUUCUUUAGACGUUUUCUUCUUCUCUGGUUGCUGCGUGUCUCUAGUGUGAACUCUACUGAACUCUUUGUGCCUCUUUCUGAAACCUUUAAAGCCAUUCCUUCAGAUAGUUUUUACAAAACCGUGGUCUGUUUUUAAACGUACGCCGUGUAAUGGAUACUUUUAGCACAGAAACGUCCAUAGAGAAUUAUUUUUGUGUACUUUUUGUAAUUUUCUAUUUUCAUUGAACGCCUCUGAAUCUGGAUUGAAACUGCUGUUUUAAGUACAAACGAUCUUAUUAUUGUACUGAUGUGGGAUUAUUCCAGCUCCGUUUUAGAAAAGAAAGCCCAGCACUUUGACCUGUUAUCACUUUCUUCUUCUUCUUCGUUAGUUUUUUUUUCUGUGGAGAAACAUCACUUUCUUUUCUUUCCAGUUGCCAUUCUGUAUGUACAUGUUAAACCUAAAAAAAACAUUUCUAUGUUUUCCAAUUUCAAGAGUUAUGACUGGAUCUGAAUAAUGUUGUACUGUUGUUUUUAAAACCAGGGGACCAAAUAUCCUAGAUUACUACUGUUUAAUAAAUCAUUAUAUACAAAA